CCCUUAUAGGAGGGAAGGUUAAGUAUUACGUGAAGAAACAAUUCAGAAACUCAAGUUAUCAACUCCUGUCAAACCUUUUGUUCUCAACCAUCCUCUUCCUUGAAUUGUCAACCACUCACAAAGGACCGACAUAACAACCACCAUUGUUCAUUGCUCCAACAACAACAAAGAACAAAGCAUACACCUCCCUCAAGCCUGAACCCAAACUCAAACCCAACCCCAGCAAAAGCCAUGGCAACCACCACCCCCCUCCCACCGGGCAUCCCCCCCACCCACCCAGCCGUAGUCAUCACCGCCCCUCGCGCCCCCCUCGCCAUCCUCCAUCGCCCAACCGAACCCCCCGGGCCCGGCGAAGCCCUCGUCCACGUAGAAUGGACCUCCUCGACGCCUCUCGACCUGCACCAAGCCGACGGCGGUCUUCUCAUCGACCCUCCGCACGUCGCCGGCUCCAGCUUCGGGGGCACCGUCGUCGCCCUUGGCCCCGCCGACGCCAGCACCGCCGCCGCUUACCGCAAGCUGAGUGUCGGCGACCAGGUGUUCGGCAUGGCCUGGGAGCAGCCGCGCGAGCGCGGGUUCCAGACGUUCAUCACGGCGCCGACGUACCUGAUGAGUAAAUUGCCCGAGAACAUCACGAUGCAAGAGGCUGUGACGGUGUCGACGAAUUUGGUGACGGUGUUGCAUACACUGACAAAGGACUUGGAGUUGGAGAUGCGGUGGCCUCUUUCUUCUUCUGAUACAAACGCAAACGAGGAGGAUAAAGGGGAUAAGGAUAAGGAAAAGAAGCAGUGGAUCCUAGUCUGGGGCGCGGCGAGUAGUGUCGGCCAAUACGCCUUGCAGGUGUUGAAGUAUGGGGGGUACCGCAAUGUGAUUGCUGUCGCGAGCAAGAGACAUCACCAGGAGCUGUUGGCGCUCGGUGCCGCGGUGUGUUUUGAUUAUGGCCAGGAGGGCGUGACGGAUUUGAUUCGGAACCAUGUGGCUGCUGCUGCUGCGUCGUCGUCAGAUGAUGAUGCGACAAUCCCGUUGGUGCUCGAUUGUAUCGGGGAUUUGGAGGGUACGCUGAGGCCGCUGACUAGGCUGGCGGAGAAGGGAACGAAGGUGGCUAUCAUGUUGCCUGUUAUCAUCAAGCAUGCUACCGAGGAUGAGCCGCCGGAGUAUGAGAUCGAUGUUACCAAGGUUUUGAAGGGGGAAUGGAAGGAUGGCGUUGUUUUGAGGGGGGUGAGAACGCAUUUUUAUACGCAUGACGAAUUCAUGAAAUAUCAUUGCCAACCGGACAUCGUCCCGGCUUUGUUGGAACAGGGAGUGGUCAAGCCGAACAAGCAGAGGAUUGUUGAGGGUGCCACAUUGCUUGAGCGUGCUACGAAUGCCCUCAGGAUCCUUAGAAAUAGAGCGCAAUCAGGGGAAAAGCUUGUGUGGAGGGUCGAUGAGAAGUCGGCUCAGGAGCUGUUCCCGGAUCUCUUCGUCUCGAAGGCUGAUCCCACAAAAGUCGAGACUAUCAUUUGAAUCGCCGAGUAUGCCCUACUUUCUGGCAUAGGACGACUCGACGACUACCGAGCUUAAUAUCAGCACUACGCCUUGUGAAGACUGAUUGAAUAUAAAAAAAUUCUGUUUGUCA